GGUGUGUAGAUAUCAUUCAGGGAGCCGCAUGCGCACACCUAACUUUCCUUGCAUCAACAAGAAAACGUGACAACUAAGUCUGUUGCGCUCUAUGAACGCAUACAACAUGUACCUGGAUCCGGAUGAUCAACAAGUGUUUCUGAAAGAGGCUCCUGCCGUAUUAAACUCCAUCAAACAAUUUGGCCUUCUUCUUCACCACUCAAACGAAAAUUCCCCUUGGUCAAAUGCAGUGUUGCCCCCUAGCUUGUUGUACGAUUCAACUGUACCGGACCCUGCUACGUACGGUCGAAGAUCCGUUUCAGUCCCACCGCCUGAGGAGCCCAUAACGGAGGAAGUCACGCUAACUUCUCCCAUCUACAUAGGUCCUUCUGGUGAUGAUUUCACCGUCACUGCUCACGACAACAGUGGUGUUCUACCAGUGCCUGUUCUCCCUGAGUCUUUCCCUUGUAUGUCCAAUACCAUUUCACCUGACGUCUUUCGCAUUCUGGACGACACACCCCAUCCAAACAUUUGCGUCGUGUACCUACACGCCCAACUUGCCAAUUAUUACUACGCUAUGUGCAAAUAUCUUGCGGCUCACCAAUUUGUCCUGCUCUCCAUUGAACAACUGCGUAGCUGUACACUCGACCGCACCAUGCCUUCGGUCACGGUGGUCGUCGAAGUGUUGCGGAUUAUGUGCAAAAUGUGCAUGAUCAAACGGAAAUACUCUUUGGGUUUGCGAAUCAUUCGGCAAGCACUCAUGUUCACCAGGACACAUUUUGGCGUACACAAUGUCACAUAUGCAAACCUCUUGUUGGAGUACGGAUGUCUCAUGUUGAACACGGACAAAACACGAAAAGCUGCCAGGGUGUAUCGCGUUGCGCUUACCCUGAUUCUUAGCUGCCUACCUGGAUCCAGUAUCAUGGCUGCGUUGGCUCUUGAAGCUAUCGCCUAUGCACAUUACGUUUUGGAAUACACGUCUGGUGACUUCACAUACGCAUUGAAUUGCGCUGAAGUAGCUGGCGUCAUGCUAAAACGACUCAAUCACGAGAUGUGCAUGCAGGCCGCAUCGGCGAACCGCGUCAAAGCUCUUAUCAUUGAAGAGAUCGCUAUCGAUGAUAACGAUUCCGCUCGCACCAGAGAAUUCCUGUACCUCGCGCGGGACUUACAUAUGGAGUCGUUAAACCUGUGUGAACGUACAUUCGGUCUUUGGAAUGUGCAGACCGCCAAACAUUUUGGAAAUCUCGGUCGACUCUACCAAUCGAUGCAGGAGAAUAAGCUCGCUGAGAUCAUGCAUCGAAAGGCGAUCAUGAUCAAGGAGCGUCUACUCGGUGCCUCGGACUUCGAAGUGGGUCUGAGUGUUGGCCACUUGGCCAGUCUAUACAACUACGACAUGGAACGUUACCAAGAUGCGGAACAACUGUAUCUUCGUUCUGUGCAAAUCAGUCUGGACUUGUUCGGACCCACUUACAGUGGUUUGGAGUACGAUUAUCGCGGCCUGCAGCGCGUGUAUCACGAGUUGGGCAACCGUGCGGAAAUGAGGAAGUACCAAUUGCUGUUCGACCAAUGGCAAAGGCAGCGUGAAAAACCACGCAGUUCGGAACCCAUAGAAUCGGCUGAUGAACUGGAGCCGACCGAUGUUAUCCCUGAUGACAACGCACAAUGGUCUUCGUUUUUUCAGCUCGCCGACGAUUAUGAGCAAGAGUUUAAGCUUAUAUUUCCCCAUCCGGACUCUUCUUCAGACGAAUGUCACACACCCAGUACUUCACGAACCAAUAAUUGUGCUCAUCACGGUUCUUCCACCUCCGAAGCCAGUCGGUCCACUGGAUAUUGAUUCGGGGCCAUCGUUCUUCCCGUCGCCGUCGCAGUCAACUUGUUCUGUUACUCUACUCUGGGACGCGAUGACUCGGAAGCGUUCUGGCUAUUGCGCCACUUUUGUUGCUCGAUGUCCUACUUUUGGGCUCGUUUGUUUUCACUGUUGCUAUGAAGCUACGUUGCGCCCAUCCGAUUCGCCGCAUCCCAUUUUGCCCUUUGUUUCUAAGGUCUUCGCAACGUGCAUAUGCCCACUCUGUACAUACGUGUAUUCACGCACAUGACUUGUCGCUCCAGUUCUAAUUUUCUCCUUACUCCGUUUCCCCUACCUUUCCUCGUACUGUGUUGCCUUUUUUCAUACUUGAAACAAACAACCGUUUGAUCAGGUUUC